UGUUUGCUGAAAAGACAAGUUGCUGCAACUUGCACGUUUGAUGCAGGCUACCCACCCUCUGCUCAUAACGAUUCCACCAACGACUCCCGCGGCUUGGCGGUGAGACACUUACAUGCCUCGCUGCUCCAUCCCAGUCUUCUCCGAGUCAGAAGAUCAACGAACUCGCUUUCGCAAGUAACGGACAGCUGUACUGCAACAGUUUUGAUGGCGACAGGGCAACCACUAGUCGUCAUGGUUCAAGCUUGUCGGCUCAUAGAGCCCAUGUCCUCUGUGUUAUACCUUUCUGUUCGAUAUCAUCCAUUCAAACUUAACUUCCUACCAAGCGGUUCACAUCCGGUCUCCGAAACUCUGAUAAUACACGCAAUCGAUCGUUUGGAGACUCCAGGAUGUCCUCUGCCAAUUCCAUCUUGACACGCCUUGCAGAAGUAGAAGCUGAAAAGCACCUUCUCCAAUCACAACUCUCUUCUGUUCGCAAGAAUAGAAGUCCAGAGAGACCCAAGAGACAGACGGCGUUCCUCCAGAGCUCAAACAACGUCAAAUCUCCGGCAUCCACACUUGACAAAGUCACAGGCUGGCUCAAUAAUGACAAGCCUGCACAAAGAUCAUCGCACUCACCUCUAUUGGACUUCUUCACACAACACGAGCGCUAUCAUGUGGUCUUUGACAACAUCUAUCAACGACUAGAGAUCAAGGACAUAGUUGCUGUGAGUCGAACCUGUAAAAGGCUAUCGUCCUUUUACAGCAACAUGUUGCCCUGCCGCUGGAACAUAAAUCGACGACUUGCACGAUUCGUGAAUGACCCAAAAGAGUUCAGGUCACGACUAGGACAAGCUGAUGCCUUGAUAUCUGGAACGUUCGCUCUACUAUUUUUCGCGCAGCUAUACUGGCUAGACUCUGGACUCGAUAUCUACGUACGGCAAGGAGCCAAAGCAGACACAUUGAUUCGAUAUAUUGGCGAAGACAAGAGCUAUGAAUUUGAUCACAGUUAUGGAUGGUCAGACAACGAUCAACAUCGCACCCUCACCAAGGUUCUCAUCUUCCGAAGGACGGUACCGCCUGGAUCACCACAAAUCAGAUUCCACCUGACUCGAACGCUACCCUUGCACAGCAUCUUGACUGAUUGCGCUUUCUCAACUGCUCACGUCAACAUCAUCACAUGGAACAAGGCGUACUGCAUGUUUCCGAACGUCACCUUCAUCGAUCGCCGCAUGUACUUUCUACACAAUCCGGAUGAAGCUCUUGGACAAAUCUUGAGCAAAUACUCGGCCCAUGGGUGGCGUACAUCAGAAUGGGUAGACUACGAUCAGACUAAGGGGUGUAACAAGCCAGGGAUACGAGAGAACUUUCGAAGAGUAGGCGAUUCGUCUUCGUGGGUUAUACCUCUUAACCUUCACAAAAUACGGACACCUGAAAGUUCGGACUCGAUACUAGAGAGUUGCACCUUCCAGAUCUUCCCCGAUUCGGGACCCCAAAAGUCACGGCAUGCUGUCACAGGACUCAAGACUUUCAGCAUAGGCGCACAGAUCUUCUCAUGCUGCAUGCUAAAGCAUAAUUACACAUUCCACACGCCAGAUGCCAGCUGGAGCAGAUUUCUUCGAGAAAACCUCAGUCGAAUGAUUAUGCUCGAGAUACUCAAGACUGGAGAUGCUGAUCUCAUUGCCAGAACAAGGCAGCCAGACUUUAUGCUCGGCGAUCACAAGUGUUGUCCACUGCUACGCACGAGACCACGAUUCCAAAGACCCGAAGGCUGGGAGUAUGUUGACCACAUGAUACCUUCUUGGCUCGAAGAGUGGAAAUCGGCUCGGAGAAAUAGAACAGGCAGUAUCGACCUGACGCCACAUCCCUUGACUGUCAUACGUUCGAAGAAGCAGCCAUGCAAUGUACCCCAAACAUCGGAUCUAUCUUCGCCACCUCCCUUGCUUCCUCCACGCGCAAGAAGUAUGACAACAAGCAGGUUGCCAUCCAAGACAGUACCACCUCUGAGCUCGAGAAGUGACCACUUCCCUCUGUCGCUCAGAACGACUCAACAACCUCCCCCGAGGCUCCCUCGGUCAUCGUUCAGUCACAUGAACAUGCCACAGACUAUAACAACAAAGCUACCAGCUCUGAAGCCAUCGCCACGCCGUGUUGUCUCCGCUCAAAUUCAAUCUUCAAAAUCCGAAUCCAUGCUCUCUCACAAAAAGUCUGCUUCAACACUUUCUUUCAAUACUCGACCUAGCCACAUUCCAGCUCCUGGUAAUGUACGACCGACUCUACACCCACUUUACAGGACUGUAACAUCACCUCAGAAUACAAACUCCAGUAGAUCGUCUCAGACCACCACACCGGCGACAUCGCCUCAGAAGCAAAAAGGCGACUACUUUUCACUCAUACACAGACGACCUAAAGCUUCCAUGCCUCCACCUCUCAAUUUAUCUCCGACCAAACUCGGCCCUCUGAUGCCUGAUCUCCUGACACCGCCCCCCGACAUGCCACUUCCCGACGUCCCUAGCGAGCGUCAACCAAAAAGAUCUCCUCUGCAUUUCCCAUCACAUCUACCCUGGUCGCCCUUUGAAAAGAAGUCACGCGGACUACCCAGCAAAUCUGGCUGGAUAAGCGCUGCCUCAUUGAGUUCCAGCUCGACCGGGCCCGAGAAGAUGAUUCCUGGAGAGAUGAAUUGGAUCUGAGAUAUCUUGGUAUUCUUUGCAUUUGUUUUUCUACAACUAUUUAUUAUACAAAGGCCUUUUUCAUACACUACGCACAAACACUUUUCUAUCUGAGUUUUCCAUAUCAUCUGACCUUGGUUCAUCUAAACUUCGCAAUCUCUGCACCGAUUCAUCGUGUUUGGAUUCACUAUUUCCUCUCUGAACAUGGUAGGUAGUUGUUUCCCUUGUGAGUCGGUGGUUCUUUCCUUGUUGGUCGGUGGUUACUUCUUUCUUUUAAUUCGUCGGUUAGUCGGACGCUCCUUCUGUGUUGUUGGGUCGUUCCUUUCUUUCUCUUGAAUGCUUCUCAGAAUGUAAAUUCCUC